GUAUAUAAAAAAUGUAUUAUUUGGGACAACAACAACAACUAAAUUCACGGUCGUGACCGAACGUUUCUAUUUCCUCAGUCUUGAAAACAUACGCGCGAACGGUUAUUAGCAUAUUUAUGUAAUAUGCCAGCAAAAAUCAGUUAACGGAGCCCACGUUUAAAAUCAAAUCGGACCGCGAUUUUAAUUUUUUGGCUAUUAGAAAAAAAAAAUUCCAAAGUUUAGUUUUUAUGCAAAAUUGAAAAUAGUUAUUGUUAAGUGGAAAAUGUUAUCUACAAGAAAUACUUUAUGUUGUUUGGCGGAACAUCAUCUUUUAAUCGGUAAACGAUAUGGAAGUGAUCAUAAAGUCUUCCAAGUCUAUACAGAACGUCUGAAGUCUGGUGUAUUGUUAAUGGAUAAAACUCAAGAACAUACCGCUAAAAUGUUAGAUAGCUUGUAUGCCCAAAUACAAAGUUAUCAGCCAACCUCGAUGACGCCAAAGAUUGGUGGUGGUUUCUUGGGUAAAUUACUUGGUAGAAGUACAAAUGGUGGCGCGGUGCAGUUAGUUAACAAAACCUCGCCUCAGGGACUAUAUAUAUGGGGUAACGUGGGCGGAGGAAAGACUACUUUAAUGGAUUUGUUUUUCGAUUGUUGUACAGACAUUAAACAUAAAAAUAGGGUUCACUUCAACGCGUUCAUGACGAACGUGCAUGCACGAAUUCAUGAAACGAAACUGCAGCAGGGACCGUCGCUUAGAAUAUCUGAUGUUGAAAAUCCUCAACCCUUUGACCCGACAUUGCCAGUUGCUAAGGCAAUAGCGCGAGAAAGUUGGCUAAUAUGCUUCGAUGAGUUCCAGGUCACUGAUAUAGCUGAUGCUAUGAUUUUGAAAAGUUUAUUUACGCAUCUCUUUAAUGAGGGAAUUGUUUGCGUAGCCACUAGUAAUCGUCAUCCUAAGGAUCUCUACAAAGAUGGUUUGCAGCGUAGCAACUUUUUACCAUUUAUUGAUAUACUGCUUAACCGUUCCAAAGUGGCGAAUAUGGACAGUGGCGUGGAUUACAGAAAAAUAACCCAAUCAGGUGAUACAAAUUACUUUGUUAAAUCGGAGACAGAUACAAAAGUCCAAAUGGAGAGAAUGUUUAAAAUAUUAUGCUCCCAGGAAAACGAUAUUGUUAGAGAACGCACUAUAACUCAUUUGGGACGUGAUCUUAAAUUUCAAAGUGCCUGUGGUCGUGUAUUGAACAGUUCGUUUAAAGAACUUUGUGAUCGGCCGUUAGCAGGCAAUGAUUACUUACAACUCGCCCAAGUAUUUCAUACUGUUCUCAUACACGAUGUACCUCAGCUAACAUUACGUAUGAAAUCUCCCAUGCGACGAUUUAUCACUCUAAUCGACACGUUCUACGAUAACCACAUACGUGUAGUUAUUUCGGCUGAUGUACCGCUGGAUAAACUGUUUAAUUUUAGCGAUAAAUCGAGUGGUUUGGCAGAUGAUCAACGCGUACUUAUGGAUGAUUUAAAAAUCUCGUUGGGCUCGAAAGAUGCCGGCGCAAACGUUUUCACUGGCGAAGAAGAGUUAUUUGCUUUCGAUCGUACCAUUUCUCGUCUCUAUGAAAUGCAAAGCAAGGUCUAUUGGGAAAAAUGGGCAAAACCCCAUUAAGACCAGCGCAAAAUGUUUAUCUGUGUUCAAAUUUUAGUGAAAAUUUUUCGAUAAAGUACUUAACAAAAAAAAAAAAA